AUGGCUACCACUACCAAUGACUCCUUCUUCGAUCAUCAGGUUGCAGCUGAAGAUACAAAUCCAAAAGUUUCUGCAGUUACGAAAAAUGUUGAUCAAGUUCCACCAAGCACCAUUGAGCCCUUUUUACAAAAAGCCUUGGAAAGUUCUUUCAAUACAGGAGAGACCCCAGCAUGCCUCUUUUCACCCAUCUCAGAAAGCGAUUGCAAUAUUAUUCCGCACAAUAGCUCGAUCUCAUGGCCAAUUCUCAAAUCAAAUGCCAGAAACAAUAUCCUUCUCUAUCCAGGCUCUUUCAACCCACCCCACCAAGGUCAUCUAGCCACGAUCCGCUAUUUUUCGGAGCGUCGCGAGCAACUCGGUAUCACCACUAUGUUCCUCUUCGUGGAUCCUGGUUCGAUUGUCAAAGGCAGAAAGAAGAAAUGGGGUGAUAUUGUCCUUCCACAAAAUUUCCGCUACGAAAUUUUCUACAAAGUCCCAGAGAUUUCUCAACUCGUUGCAUCUGGAUGGCUUCAGCUCUUGGUGGGAGACAUGGAUAAUCACAUUAAGGUUUUACGGGCGACAACUGAUUUGAUUUCGGAAUCUGGCUAUGCCGUUAAGUUGGUAGGACUUCUGGGUGGGGAUAAGUUGACGGUGGAAAGCGCGCCACAUGUACAUCCGGGAAACUUGCAGGAAUGGGGUCCGGUUGAUGAAUUUCUUAUCAUUAAUGCAAGGAGGCCAGUUGACUUCUUUGAUCCGAAGACAGAGAAGAUUCCAAGAGAUUUACCAGGUUGUACAAAAUGGGAGAGAGAUACGGAGAAGUCUGAUGGGAUAGAGGAGAUCAUCGACGAUGGGGCCGGAUUCUUGUGGACAUGUCAGGCCUUGACCAUUCCUGGGAAGCCGAUGAUACAAUUUCGUGCCUCACAACACAGUGCAUCAAAUGGUGUUAGUUCGACUAAGAUUCGACAGAUUAUGACCGAGGCGCUCGAUGUAAAGCUCAUGGAGGGACUAAAGGAUAAAGUCAUCAGUGCCGAGUUUUUGGUAGAGUGGUUGAUACUUCAGCGUAAGCAGGCAGGUGAGGUAUCCGAUGAAAAAGCGUUCCUUUAA